GGGUGAACCGUAGGGAGUUUUGGAACAAAUAGCUGGGAUUGGGAAUGGCGAACGCCCAAAAAACAAUCAUAGUAAUUUGUCCCCAUUGAAGUUCAAUGUGACCUUCUCCUAUCCCUACAUGACGGGUCCAUUUAAGGCAGGUAGAAUAAAGAGUCUAAACUUGAUCGAUGACGAUGUAGACGUUAGUUUGAGACCGCCUGGCUGAGGCACGGACCGGGCCCGACCAACCUUCUGCGUGCAGGGACAACAUCCGGAGACUAUGGCUCAUCCCCACGGCCACAGCCGAAAGCACGGGACGUCCUGACAGAUGAUCAGAUUCAAGAGUUCAAGAUGGCGUUUGACAUGUUUGACGCUGACGGAGGCGGUGACAUCAGUACCAGGGAGCUGGGCACCAUUAUGAGCCGGCUGGGUAUGACCCCCUCCCGGGCAGAACUCAACGACAUCGUGCAUGAGGUGGACGCGGACGGCAGCGGCACUAUUGACUUUGAGGAGUUCCUGGAGAUGAUGGUUCUGUACAUGGCGGUGGAGAAGAAAGAGUUGAACGAAGAGGAGGUCCGAGCAGCUUUCCACAUCAUAGACAACAACAACGAUGGUUUCAUCAGCAUGUCGGAAUGGAAGGAGUACCUGGUGUCCUGUGAUGAACCUCUGACAGAACAGGAGAUGCAGGAACUCAUGGAUGAUGGUGACGUCAACAGGGACGGCAGGCUCGACUUUGAUGAAUUCAAGGACAUUCUGAUGGCUUUUAACAUCUCCUGGUGACGAGAACAGGCAUGCGUGUGUGAGUGAGUGGCGGGAAGCAGAACCUUUGGGAAUGUUGGGAAUCCUACAGCUGAACAUUUUUGCUGACUAACAGACUCAACUUAAAGACUUGCCUUCACGACCAUACAUUCGCUACGGAUCACAAUAUAAAGCAGCUUUGAUCGUGUUCAAAUGUGACGACUCAGUAAGGUGUAUACAGGAGCCCUGCCAUGCCGUGUAGUGAAUAAAGAUCUCUAUAUGCUAAUGAGGCACUGGCUAUCUCAUCACUUCAGUUUGAUAAGCAUACAUGUGUUUAAUAAAGAGCUCGGAUGGAA